AUGGCUUCGGCUAGGCCUCCGAGGGGAAAGUCGGUUUAUACCGGGCAAGGGCAGGGCAACGACCGGAGCCGUCUCCGCUACACUCCUGCGGGCCGAAAUAGCACGCAGAGUGCCAACCGCCGCUAUCCAUCGCCCGACAGGCGGCCACGGCUCCGCAGCAGAGGUGCCAGUCCACCUCGUCGCUAUCGGCCAGCCUCGCAUACGCGACAAGACGACUCUGACAAAUCUCGUCGUCGUCGACCCCCGGGUGUCGCUCUUGAACGCGGUCGCGAGACAGGCCGCGAGCCUCGGCAUCCGCCCGAAAGACGCAGCAACAAUGUCCAGCGUGGCGCAUCAAGCACCCUGAAAGGCGUGUCCUCUUUCCUGCAGCGCCUCGGCAUCAUUGACGACGAUCCAUUUGCCGAAAGCGCGGGAGACAAUUAUGAAUACGCCUUCCAACGGCGACCGCCGCACGAUCCCAUCCAGCAGCAUCGCCGCCACCACCACGACAGAGACUCCUCGCCAUAUAGACGCUCGCCAGUUUCUGCGCAUUCGCCUUACAGUCGAAGAGAUGCGUCGCCGCUGUCAGACCACGAUUCUGAUGCUGGGGUGGUGUCAAAACACGACGACGUUCGUGGCCGUGGCCGUGGCCGUGGCCGUGACUAUGACCGCGAUCGAGACCUGAGCCGCGACCGUUACAGCGACCCUUAUGGGAACGAUCGACACGACAGUGAUCGUCACCGUCGCCCCAGCCAGAGGUCAUAUCCCUCCCGCGCACGCUCUGCCGCCGGCCACAACGACGAUCGUAGUCCCAGCCGGUCGCACCGCCGGUCGCUCAAACGCGGCCGGCCGUCCUCGUCGUCCACCUCGUCGUCCUCUUCGGCAUCCAUGGCGUCUUCCACGGCAUCGUCCACAGCGUCGUCAUCGUCCACGUUGUCGUCUUCCGCCUUGUCGUCGACGCGGUCGUCCCCCUCGGAGCCUCCCAUGCCCUCCUCCAAAUGGGAGUCCGCUGCGCGCAACGCCUUGCGUGCGGGCACCAUGGCCGCCCUGACCAAUCACGGCGCGCCCGGCAGCUGGUUCGGCGACAAGGGCUCGCGCGUGGCGACGGCGGCACUGGGUGCGGCGCUGGUGGACACGUACAUGGGCCACCGGCAUCCAGAGAGCCUGAACGGCGUCCGACACAUGGCGAUGCGGCAGGCUGCCGAGUAUGCGAUCAACAGCAUUGUGGCGGAGCCGAUCCUGGAGCGAGCCGCACGGCGGAAGAUGGGGCGGCGAUCGGGAGGAGGGCGAGGAUGA